AUGUUUGAACAUUCAAAUAAUUUCCAGAAUAAAUAUGAUCAAAAUUUUAAUUUUGAAAAUUCAAAAAAAAUUUUUAAGCUCGGAUAUGCUCCAUUCAACAAUAGAACAAUUAAGCCUAUAUUUCUUUUAGAUGGUGGAAUACACGCAAGAGAAUGGAUUGCGCCUGCAGUUGCUUUGAAUGCUAUUAAUGCUUUCAUUAAUAAUCCAAAAUGGAGGUCCCUACUUGACCACAUCGAUGUACAUAUUAUUCCUGUACUAAAUCCUGAUGGAUAUGAAUAUACUUGGACAAGAGAUAGACUAUGGAGACAUACACGUUCUGGUCCAUACAAAACAACAAAAGUUUGUGGUAUUGGAGAUGCUCCACUCUGUUAUGGAGUAGAUCCUAACAGAAACUUUCCUUAUCAUUGGGCAGAAACGGGAACAGAUCCUUGCCCUUGCAGUGAAGUUUACCCAGGCCCAACACCUCUUUCCGAACCGGAAUGUGCACAUUUAGCAGCUUAUAUGAAUAAAAACAAAAAUAAUUUAAAAGCAUAUUUAACAUUACACGCUUAUGGGAAUUUAAUAAUCCAUGGUUGGAAUUAUGCUGCAAGAACAUAUCCAGAUAAUGUUGAGGAAUUGAGAGUUGUAGCCGAAAAAAUGGCAAAAGCAAUUGUCCAGGAAGGAGGGGCUCCUUUUAAAAUUGGAAGUGCACCUGACAUUUUAUACGAAGCUGCUGGGGGAAGUGACGAUUACGCAACAAGUUUGGGUGUUAAAUAUUCCUAUACUAUGGAAUUAACUUCUGGACGUUAUGAGAAUUUAUUUGGAGGUUUUAUUUUUCCGGAAAGGGGAAUUAAGAAGGAAGCAGCUAAAGUACUUCCGGGAAUUUAUCAACUUGCAUUACAAGUUUACAAAGAUGAUUUGAAAUUAUAA